CAGUCCUGUUGCGCGCGACGAAUCAGGGUUUAGCACUGAACGUCUGAAUGAGACUUCCAUUCUUCUACGGGAAGCGUGACCCUACAGAACGCAUUUUGGAACGGUCUUGGCUGGGCAACCCACUCUUGGAAAGAUAACCACGCCAUCUUCCCCAAAAUAACCAUGGGGCCUAAGCCGAGGACCCCUCCUAAGGCCAUGGUGGUCUUGUGGGUGGCCCUGGUAACCCUCCUUCCUGAGAGUUCCUGCAUAACGAGCCCAGCAACGAUCCACCAGUACAAGAUGCUCCCUGGGGCAGCUGUUCACUACCAGUGGCCAAACGCUCCUUCGUCAUGUUCGUGCCGAGUUAAGUGCCUGAUCAAUGACGUGUGCUCCGCCGUCAGCGUCAAGACCAACGCAGCUGGGACCACCGACUGCUCCUUCGUCGAAGGAGCCUUCGAUCCUGCCCAACUCGUAGACGACGCCUCUGCGUUUACUUAUACUCACGAUGUUUCAUCGCUUUCUGUCACAACAACUACCAUCCAGCCUACAACAACGGCUACAACUAUGUCUACAACAACGCCUAGUGUCACAAACACAACAACUGCAACGCCUACAACAACGCCAAGUGUCACAACAACAAGCACAUCGAUGACACCGACCACAACCACGGAAACUACAGCUACAACACCAUCGACAACAAGUACCAGUACUACAACUGCGACGAGUUCCACUUCAACCACCAGUUCAACUACAGUUUCCCCAACAGUCACACCUAAGUUUUUUCCCAAUGAUCCUAGAUGUGGGGGUUACUGGUACAGAUACAAUGACAUUUGUUAUUUGCCAACAGCUUAUACUUAUGGCACUUGGAGUGAAGCAAAGAGUACCUGCACAUCUUGGUCCUCACACUUGGCUCAGAUCACUUCUGCCAAUGAAUUCUACAUCCUUAAGUAUCUUUUAGACUCUGGUCGCACCUACUGGAUUGGUCUGGAGAAAACUGGCGCCACGACAAAUUACACCUGGGACGUAGACAACACAGCCCCAACAUUUGUACUAGAAUGGGAGACUGGUAGACCACAAGGAUAUGGCUGUGUAUACAUCAACAAUAACAAAAAAUGGGUUGACGAAAACUGUGGCCAAAACACCAAUAGGAACUUCAUCUGCAAAAAACCAGCAUCAAAUUAAAAACCAGCUGAAGCGUGAAACCAGCUUGAAAACCAGGUUCAUUAUAAAAACCAGCAUCAGCUUAUAAACCAGAUUCAGCUUAUGCACCAAAUGUCGCUUAGAAACCAGAUGCAGCUUUUAAAGCCAGCUUCAGCCUAAACACCAGCCUCAGCUUAAAAACCAAGCUUCAGCUUAAAAACCAGCUUCAGUUUGGAAACCAACUGCAGUUUAAGUAGUUCUUCAGCUUGACAUCAGCUUCAACUUAAAAACCAAUAGCAGCUUAAACACCUUCUUCAGCUUAAAAAACAACUGCGGCUUAAAAACAAGGCUUCAGAUUAGAAACCAGCUUUGAUUUAAAAACCAACUGCAACCUGACAACUAUCUUCAGCUUAAAAACCAGCAUGAACUUGAGAGCAAUCCUUCAGCUUAAAAACCAGAUUGACCUUAAAAACCAACUUCACAUUAAAAUUCAGGCUUGAGCUUAAAACUCAACUGCAGCGUAAAAAACAGAUUCAGCUUAAACUCCAGUUUCAGAUAAAAUAAACCAACUGUAGCUUAAACACCAGUAUCAUAUUGAAAACCGGCUUCAGCUUAAAAACAGCUGCUUCUUAAAAAACCGGCUUUAGCUUAACUGGAGAACAUCCCUUCAGCUAAAAACCAGGCUUGAGCUCAAGACAGAACUUCAGCUUAAAAAACAGUUCCAGAUUAAAAGCCAACACCAGUUUAAACACCAGCAAGAGAUUAAAAACCAGCUUUAGCUUAUAAACAAACAACAGCUUAAAAACCAGAUUCAGCUCAAAUACCAGCAUCAACUUGAGAAGAAAACUCAGCUUGAAAACAAGGCUUCAGGUCAAAAAUAAUAACAUGUUUUUAUAUAUGCACUCGCUAUAACACUGGUAUCGAGCACCUUAAAUACACAGUAGUCUGUAGUUCAAACUACAGUGUAGUUCGAAUCUCUAUGGUAUGAACAAGGAAAAAUUUAAGUCCCUAAGUUGUAAUUCAUGUAAAUAAGCAGAGUUCUAGUAGUAAAGUGAGAGUAUUUUAUGAAUAACAAAAAAAUAAUUUCAUUACUGUUGCCAAAUUAAUAAAAUUUAAUGAGAUUAUUGUAACAAUGAAUACAGUGGAUGAUGCCCUUGAAUUUUU